UGCAGCAGAGAUACUUCCAGAGCUUGUCCUAAAUCUAAUCCCUCUCUAGAACUACAUUUGCUGUUAGAUAUGGCGAUUCCAGUCAUCGACUUCUCAAAGCUGGAUGGCAAGGAAAGGGCACAAACUAUGGCCGAGAUUGCCAAUGGAUGCCAAGAGUGGGGAUUCUUUCAGCUGGUGAACCAUGGGAUUCCAGUGGAGCUUCUCGAACGGGUUAAGAAGGUGAGCUCUGAAUGCUACAAGCUGAGAGAAGAAGGUUUCAAGAAAUCCAGCCCUGUCCAACUGUUAAACAAAUUGGAGGACCAAAAAGUUGAGGAGGAUGCUAUUAAGCGGUUGGAUGAUGUGGAUUGGGAGGAUGUGUUUUUUCUCCAGGAUGAUAAUGAGUGGCCAUCCAACCCCCCUGAGUUCAAGGAAACCAUGAAGGAUUACAGGAGAGAACUCAAAAAACUAGCUGAAAAGGUUAUGGAAGUAAUGGAUGAGAACUUGGGCUUGGGGAAGGGCUACAUAAAGAAUGUGUUCUCCAGCAAUGGCAAGCAUGAGCCCUUCUUUGGGACCAAGGUGAGCCACUACCCACCAUGCCCACGCUUGGACCUUGUGAAUGGCCUCCGUGCUCACACCGAUGCCGGUGGUGUCAUCCUCCUCUUCCAAGACGAUCAAGUUGGCGGCCUCCAGAUCCUUAAGGAUGGCCAGUGGAUUGACGUUCAGCCUAUGGCCAAUGCCAUUGUGAUCAACACUGGAGAUCAGAUCGAGGUGCUCAGCAAUGGCCGAUACAAGAGCGUGUGGCACCGCGUGCUUGCCACCAGCAAUGGUAACCGCCGCUCCAUUGCCUCCUUCUAUAAUCCUUCCUUCAAGGCCACCAUAGCUCCAGCAGCCACCAAAGAGGGGGUCCAUGCUUUGUAUCCGAAGUUUGCUUUUGGGGACUACAUGGAUGUGUAUGUCAAGCAGAAGUUCCUUCCCAAGGAGCCAAGGUUUGAAGCGGUGGCAGCAAUGUGAAGGAAGAGAUGAAGACAGAAGUGAAUAUGAGUGUGUCCUCCUAGCUUUUCUGAAUCUCAGAUAGGAAAUAGUCAUAUAUAUGAGUAGUUUGUUCAACAUAUGUAAGUGUGAUAUUUGAGUCCGGUGUAGUUUGGGUGUGUGUUGUUUGCUAGAGACGCUUGUCUGUAGCUGGGCAAUGGCAUCCAUAGUAUAAGGAGUGUGCUGUUGAGUUGUGCUGGCUUUGUCUGUUGAGAAAAAAACUGAACGUGUGGUGUUGAGUGAGUCCCUAAUUCUGUUGUCUACUAGAAUAUAUUUUUCGUCUUUGAUUGUUCUUCUCUUAAUAUGGAUGGUUAAAUUUGGAAUA